AUGGAUUCUGAGGAGGUCAAAGUUAAUUUUUUUCUUUCAUUCCUUUACUUCUUUUUCUUCCUUUACUUCUUUUUCUUCCUUUACUUCCUUCUUUCUUUUGCUUUAUUUUCCUUCUUUCUUUUCCUUUUCUUUCUUUUCCUUUUCUUCUGUUUCCUUUUCUUUCCUUUUCUUUCUUUCUUUUUCUUUUUUCUUUCUUUCUUUUUCAUUUUUUUCUUUCUUUCUUUUUCAUUUUUUCUUUCUUUUUCAUUUUUUCUUUCUUUUUCAUUUUUUCUUUCUUUUUCUUUUUUUCUUUCUUUUUCUUUUUUCUUUCUUUUUCUUUUUUCUUUCUUUUUCUUUCCUUCUUUUUCUUUCUUUUUCUUUCCUUCUUUUUUCUUUCUUUUUCUUUCUUUCCUUUUCUUUCCUUCCUUUUCUUCCUUUUCUUUCCUUCCUUUUCUUUCUUUCCUUUUCUUUCUUUCUUUCCUUCCUUUUCUUUUCUUUCUUUCCUUUUUCUUUCUUUCUUUUUCUUUCUUUCCUUUUCUUCUUUCUUUCUUUUUUUCUUUCCUUUUCUUUUUUCUUUCCUUUUCUUUUUUCUUUCCUUUUCUUCUUUCUUUCCUUUUCUUCUUUCCUUCCUUUUCUUUCUUUCUUUUUUCUUUCCUUCCUUUUCUUUUCUUUUCUUCUUUCUUUCGUUCUUUCUUUCCUUUUCUUCUGUCUCUCUUUUUCUCUUUCUUUCUCUAG